UUUUAAACUUAGAUGACGGUAGACGCGUUUAAUUUUAGAAUUGCGUCGCUUAAUUUUGCUGUUAAAAUCGACAGUGGAAUUAGUAUUAUCUGAUAUACCGUCUAUAAGUAAAGUUUACGCCUUGGUUAAUCGUUAUGUUCGUUUAGAGGUGAAUGAAGCAAGACCUUUAUGAACUUUCAAUACUGAUAUAAGUUCAAAAAAUACAUAAUCUUGUAUACAGUGAAUUGUAUAUACAUUUUAAAAAGCACGUGUCUACUUCUACAAAUACACUUGUUUUCCAACUAACAAAUCAUGGCAGAUGCGAUUAGGAAGCGCAUGCAACCCUUUGUUUUAGAUAAUGACAAACUUAAGAAGUAUAUGGAAAUUUUAUUAGACAAUUUAAAUAGAGGAUUAAAGAAGGAAACUAAUCCUACGUCUAUUGUAAAAUGUUUCCCUACAUAUGUACAAGAUUUGCCUAACGGAAAAGAAACGGGUACGUUCCUCGCCUUGGAUUUGGGUGGCACCAACUUUCGAGUCCUUUGCAUCGAACUCGAUGGCGAGCACUGCGAGAUGAACUCGAAAAUUUUUGCCGUCCCUCAACACAUAAUGUUGGGCACUGGAGAACAAUUAUUCGAUCACAUUGCCGAAUGUAUGCACACCUUCAUCAUAGAAAUGGGAAUUGAAAAAGAAGUCUUGCCACUUGGGUUCACCUUUAGUUUUCCACUUAAACAACGAGGUCUUACCGUUGGUUAUUUGGAAAGAUGGACCAAGGGUUUCAAAUGUUCUGGAUCAGUUGGAGAGGAUGUGGUGAAACUUUUGUCUGAAGCUAUCGAUCGACGAGGUGAUUUGAAAAUUGAUGUAUGUGCUAUAUUGAACGAUACUACAGGAACAUUGAUGUCAUGUGCAUGGAGGAACCAUGGAACUGCCAUUGGUUUGAUCAUUGGCACUGGCAGUAAUGCUUGUUAUAUCGAAAAGCAAAGUAACGUUGAACUAUUUGAUGAACCCGACAUGGGUUCAGGUGAGGUGUUAAUCAACACCGAGUGGGGUGCAUUUGGAGACGAUGGUGCGAUAGAUUUCCUUAGAACUGAUUGUGAUGUUGAAAUCGAUAAGAAUUCCAUAAACGUGGGUCACCAAGUCCAUGAAAAAAUGAUCUCUGGUAUGUACAUGGGAGAAUUGGUUAGGCUGGCUCUGGUGGGCUUAAUAAAGGACGGGCUGAUAUUCUCCGGCAAAGGAUCUGAUCUUAUCUUCCAAAGAGAGAGAUUUUAUACCAAAUACGUGUCCGAAAUCGAAUCUGAUCCCCCAGGUUCCUACGAGAACGUUGCCCAAGUAUGCGAAGAGAUGGGUCUGUCGCAUGCUACUGUAGAGGACUAUAAAAAUUUAAGAUACGUUUGCGAAUGUGUCUCAACAAGAGCCGCCCACCUGUGUUCUGCAGGGUUAGUCACUUUGCUCCAUAAGAUGGGCAAACCGAACGUUACUGUUGGUAUUGACGGAUCUGUCUAUCGUUUCCAUCCAACUGUACACAAUAAUAUGGUUGCGAAAAUGACGGAAUUGUGUGAUCCAAAAAUAAAAUUCCAGUUGAUGUUGUCCGAGGAUGGUAGUGGUAGAGGAGCAGCAUUGGUUGCAGCUGUUGCUGUUAGGAAGAAGAAAGAACAUCUUAGUUUAAUUUAAAAUAAUUUGUACUUUUUAAUUUAUAAAUUAGAUUUUUACUUAAUGGA